AUGAGUGAAUCCAACGAUAAAAAUGAAUCAGAACUUCCAACUGAAGCUCUUACUCCAGUUGAAAAUGAACAAAGUGAAUUUGUGAAGCUAAAUGUCGGUGGAUUUUUAUUCCAAACAACAAUGGCUACACUCACGAAAGUCGAUUGUAUGUUCAAAGGGAUGUUUUCAGAAGGAUUCGAGGCUCAAAAGGAUCCAGAAGGUUGGAUACUUAUUGAUAGGGAUGGAAAACAUUUUGGAAAAAUUUUGGAAUUCCUACGAAACACGGAAAUUACUUUACCAGAUAAUGUUAAAGAAAUUCGGGAACUUUUAACUGAAGCUAUUUACUAUUCGAUUGAAAGGCUAACUGUUUUAUGUGAAUCAGAGUUGCGAAUAUGCAGAGAGAGAAAAAAAAGUGCACUAAUCACAUCAAGUAAUGAAAGCUCUUCGUUUAUCAUUCGAAACUCGUUUAAACCUGUCGUUAAAUUGUACAUUUCUCAAACCAACCUGUUGGAUAAAUGCAAUUCAUUCACGGCGAUAACAAAUUUGUAUAGAAAUGUUGACCUUUUUGAUAAAUUGUGCAGCAAUACAAAUGGUCGAAUCGUUUAUAUCAAGAAUUUGUCUAAAGAUGAUACACAAUGUAAUUGGACAUUCUAUGAGCACCACGGUAAACAGAUUGACUAUAUUGAUUGCAUUACUAGUACUCCUCCAUCCGCAAUUACGGUGAGCUUCUCAGAGGGUCAAAUAUACGAAAAAGUUUUAAGGCUAGUUGUGAAUGGCAAAUAA